ACAUCCCCGCAACAUACUGCGCUAAGGGCUAUCGUUCUCUUUCAAUCACGCUCUCCCUCUGCAACCUUCACCGGAGAAAACAAAAAUGUCGUCGGUGAUGGCGAAAAGCAACAAGAUCCGGAGCAUUGUCCGGCUCCGACAAAUGUUACAACACUGGCGCAAGAAGGCACGAGCAGCGGCCUCCAGAGCACCGCCGCCUGAUGUCCCCGCUGAUCACGUUGCCGUAUGCGUUGGCAGCGGCUGUCGGCGAUUCAUCGUCCGUGCGUCCUUCUUGAACCAUCCGAUCUUCCGGAAGUUGCUCUCACAGGCUGAAGAGGAAUACGGCUUCGCUACGCGAGGUCCUCUGGCGCUUCCGUGCGACGAAUCGGUCUUCGAAGAGGUUAUCCGAGUCAUUGCUCGCUCCGAGUUGAAUAACUCGUCGCGAAGUUCGAGUAUCAAGGAUUUACAGAGGCGAUGCGAUAAAGAUGUCAGAAAAAACCUCGAGUAUUUAGGCGAAUCGAGACCUUUACUGUACGGAUUCGCUGAUAGUUGAAGCGUUCGAGUGGCUGAAUCGCCGCGGAUUCGACUCGGAAAUCGCUGAAUCUAGUUCCGGUAAGUCGAUAAGUUUUUUUUUCCUUUUGUGCUAACAAAUAUCACACUGGUAAUAUUCGGAUCAUACCGAAGCUACGGUCCUCCUCUGGUCAGAUUCGGCCAGAGAGACGGCCCGACGGGCUUUAACGGUUGCUUUAGCGAGUCAGUCUGCUAAGAAUCAGAGCCUGUAAAUGCCUUAAUGAGGCCUCCAUUUACUUUUUGCGUAGAAAAUUGCAGACAAAUAUAUGUAUAUACUGCGCUGUGCAUUUGUGCUUAAAAUCCUUUUUUAGUGUUCA